AAGAGCUUCUUAGCAAGCAAGGCCGUUAAAGAAGCAUAUUGGUUCCGCAAAGAACCAUUUGGUCAAAUGUUCUUAAAACAAACAGUUCUUCAUAGUCCGCAGAAUUUUUUUUCACAAAAUCAAACCUUUCUGCAAAACAGCAGUCCUUUGGAUGUUAAGGGUUGUUUAUUGAGCCAAACAGCUCGACAAAGCCUUUUAGGGACUUUUAUUUUUUAAACCUAAAUUUUAAGAGUGUACACUAAACAGAAACAAUAAUAAAACAAAUGCUGUGAUUUUUUAGGUGUUACAUUUUUGAGAUUUUUUAACAUAGGCUAGGUGUUAAAACAGGCAACAUUAUGCUGUUGAACUUGAACCUUUGAGCAAAUGUGUCAAAGAAGCAUGGAGAAAGAGAUCUUUUCCAUUAUCAUAGGUGUCGGUUGAUUUUGCAUAUUGAUAUAUUGUGUCUCAUCACACAUCAUGCCUGGAGGUCACACACACACACGGGCAUCUGAUGAUGCACACACCAUACGUUCCGCGUGCCCUCUCCCUCUCUUGCAAUCUUUUUUGGUUUGUAUCCUAUCCCAUCUUCCCUUACCUUCGCGUCCAACCAGAAUCGCGCCACACCGUUUUAGAGAGCAAUCAGGUGGCACCAACUUCAAGACGAGCUCUCUACCGCAUCAUUUUCACAACCCCAUCGAGGAUGUUCCGAUGUACUCUCCACAUCCCACACUGUACACGAACGAUAAAAAUGUGACAACUCAGAGGUCAACCUUUACCUCCAAGGGCAUUUUACGUGGCUGAGAGAUGAGUUUCACGCUCCCCAAAAGCGAAUCGACGACUUCUUUGCUGCGAUCCUCCGCACCGACCAGGAGAGCUGUUCAGCAUCCCGAGCAUCCCGGAGCCCGUCGGUUACAGCAUCAGCGUUCAGCGGCAGCGUCCGCAGCAUCAGGAGCGGAGACCGCAUUAGAGGAGUCGUUUUGGACGGCGGAUUGCGAUGCCAGCUCUCGGAGACCCCUGUGUCACCCCUCACUGGUCGGUAACCGGAAUAGCGGAGAGAAGAGCCACCCACAGCACUCCCACUCGCACGGACUCGCUCUUUCCACGGCGCGCAGCCAGGAGGACCUGCCGGAGCUCCCAGGUGGAAGAGAGCGCAAGUCAUCCAAACGACACCAUCAUCACCAUCACCACCAUCAUCACCAUCAUCAUCACCAUCGCCACCGGUCCACCCGGGACGACAUGCCCCAAGAGCCCCUACCCAAACACUCUCACGCCGCUCGCACGCCGAACAGGACUCAGUCUUUCUCCGAAUGCAGGGACGAAACGGCACUGUUUUUUGAGUCACCCCAGCUGGACCGGGCUCGACCGGGGUCGACAACGAGUAGAGAGGCGCGUCCACCCUCCACUGCCUCAUCCUCACCGGUACCGGCGUCCUCCAGCCGCUCCUCUCGGAGGACGGGGAGGUCCAGCGCAGCAUCUUCUGAGUCGGAUUUAAAUCUGCGCCCCUUCCUCAACUCUGUGUUCGGACAGAAUCGAGAGUUGAGACCCGAGGAGAUUGAUGAGUUGCAAGAAGCUUUUAAUGAGUUUGAUAAAGAUAAAGAUGGUUUUAUCAGCUGCAAGGAUCUUGGAAACUGCAUGAGAACGAUGGGCUACAUGCCCACCGAAAUGGAAUUAAUCGAACUGAGCCAACAAAUCAACAUGAAUCUAGGUGGCCAUGUGGAUUUCGAGGACUUUGUGGGAUUGAUGGGACCCAAACUCCUUGCCGAAACUGCAGACAUGAUUGGCAUUAAAGAGCUGAGAAAUGCCUUCAAAGAGUUUGACACAAAUGGAGAUGGAGAGAUAAGCACAGGGGAGCUGAGAGAAGCUAUGAGGAAACUGCUUGGACAACAGGUUGGUCAUCGAGACCUGGAGGACAUACUGAGAGAUAUUGAUUUGAAUGGAGAUGGCAGAGUAGACUUUGAAGAAUUUGUUCGCAUGGUAUCCCGCUGAAAGGGUUUUUAUGGUGUCCGCAAUACAAGAAAGUGAGAUUCUGUGCUGCUUCCUGCUGGUCAAAGCAGACAGAGUAUUAGACUACUGCAAGAAAAGCCUUGCUGAGCCAGUGUUUUAAUAUAUCAAAACUGAAAACUGGACUUUUUGGGGGGAAAUCUUAUAAACAUUCAUGCAUGUACACACACAAAGUUUACAUAGUAUAUUGUAGCCAAGUGUCUCUGCACUUUCAAUCAUGCAAGACCAAACAAUAUGUUUUACUUGCACAUUUAAAGGGUGGGGGUAUCAUGCUUAAUAAUGGCAAUAUUAAAUUAUGUGUUGUCCCGUCACAUACGUAUACUGUAUGUGAUAAACUAGGCGAUGAAAAUGAUUUUUGUGUGUUUUAGGUCACUGUUGUUUCUAAACGUUUUCUUUUUUUAUAUAAUUUAAAGGAAUAAAUGCAUUAACUUGACAAUAUGGUAAGUUAACACAACUGUGUGUUACAUAAUACAUAACACAACUGUGAGCCAAAAUUCUAGGAGUUUGUUUUGCAUUACAUAAAUAGCAAAACAAACAAUUUGCCAGUUUUUUUCAUAGUGUGUGGCUUAAAAAAAAUGACAUACCACUGUGCGGCUUAAUUAGGUUUACUAUCAAAAUAACAUGAAAAUAAAACCACAUUUAAGAAGUCAUUAUAUGUCCCUGUUGCUGGGUAAAUGCUUGCCCUGAAAAAAAACCCCGUAAUUUUAACACAUAACUGAGCUGUUUCUAAGUUUAGAAUUGUUUGACCAGAUUUACUAUUUUUAGUUGUCAUGACAUACUUGAGGCAACUCAUUUCUAGAACAAUCAUAGUCUACAUAGGUCUACUUGAAGUAAUCAGAGUAUAUACAGACUGAUCUGUCAACAUCUGAUCGCCACAUGCUAGAGAAACAGACGGUGAAGAUUUAUUUCUUUAAGUCUCUUUGUGUCUGUUUGUGUGAUGUGACUCCUGACUCCUUGCAUGCCAAAAAGACCUUAUAUGGAAUGUAGUGGUUUUAAUACCUUGUAACAAAUGAAGCAAAUAAAAAAGAUAGUGUCUAUAA